AUGGGACGGUGAGUAUCAAUCAGCAUAAAAAUAUUGUAGGUAGUGUCUCGCUAGCAAGUUAACUUAGCUAUCUAGCUACUAAAGUUAGCUACAACUACACUUGCUAUAAUAUUUCGGUCAGAGUCAUGUAGCUUGCUGAUUUUGGCUUAUGUAUUGUUUACCAUUCCAUGCUUUGCUAGCACGAACAAGUAAACAACUCUCCUUCCUACUAAACUGGUUAGGGCGUUAGGCAGAGAAUCAGUGACAUUCAGUAUGAGAACGCACAACCCGGUCUCAGAGCAUUUCUUAUUAUUCUCUACGUAAAUCCGAGACGUUCCAUUUAGUGUAAUUUGUUACGUUUAGAAUGGCAUGUAUUCAUUUGUGGAUGUCCAUCACUCAUUUCAUAUGAUAUGUUACGAAUUUGGGAAAUGUACAAUGUUUAGAUUUUGCAAAAUAUAUAUGUUUACGAAUUCUAACUAGGUGAAUAAUGUUAGCUAGGCUACGAGUAAGGGUUAAGUUUAGGAGUUAGAUUAAAGGGUUAGGGGAAGGGUUAGCCAACAUGCUAAGUAGUUGCAACGUAGCUAAAAAGUUGCUCAAGUUGUCUUUGAUGAGAUUCAAACUCACAACCUUUGGGUUGCUAGAUGUUUGUGUUAUACGCCCAACCACCCUACUUUCGGUUUUGCCUUAACUAACUAUCUGUUUUGUGUAACCAUACCAAUUGUAACGUAUCACACUAAUUUGAAUGUCCCGAAUUUACUAUGUUACGUCCAGUCUGAGACCAGGCUGGAACGCAGUGGUUUCUAAGGUAACCCUCUUGACUAAAUCCACUAAAGUUUCUGCUUGAAAAAUAAAUCGGAAUUGUAGGGAUUACGUUGCCAACUUUGUAAAUAAAAGUACUUGGAGGUUAUCUUGACCAAUAUACAAUUACAUUGGAACCCAUUCUUUAUUCCUUGGGUGUGUGAAUUUUCGAUCUGCUUUUGACUGUGUGUAUGCCUGAUUGUGUGUGCACAGGUUGAGUCGCACAGAGCGUAGCGGCAGAUACGGCGGCAACGAUCUUGGCCGGGGUGAGUCAGAGUGGCGUGAGAGGGGAGAGCAGGACAUGCGCCGAUGGGGCGAAGAGAGACACAGCGAACGCUACGAUGGAGGAGAACGCCGGGGGAGCAGAGGCAGUCCAGAGGUAUGUGUUCCGAGUCAGACGCCCAGUGACAUGACUUGUAAUGGGAGUGCAUCCAAAACCAAUCUCAUUGACUACUAGUAGAGUCCACUGAUCAGGGUCCGGUAUUAACGCUGGCCCGGGGCCAGCAAAAACAUGUCGGGCCAGUGGAUCUCGUCUGUCUGUCCUUACCGGGCCAGUAACUUUUCAGCACAUUUUUGUGUUCCAGUUCAACAUUUACCUGCUGUGUCUACCAUUUGAAAAUCAUUAAAGACUACAAGCGGAAAAGUCAUUUUUUUUAUUUGUAUUUGAACAAUUUGAUUGGCCGUUCAUUCUAACACGCCAUACUCCAGCGAGUCACAACUUUCCGAGCAGUACAUGAGUUGAUGCCUUCACACAGCACACGCAAGCUGUCCAGAGGAAAAAGAAGCGCCCAUCAAUCGACUCGCUGAACUUAUUUAUUUUAGAGGAACGUGAUUUACAAAAAUAAACCUUCAAUAGUGAACAUACUAUUAAAAUGCUGGCUACUGUUGGUAGUCUGCAAAAAGAAAGCUACAAAAAAACACCUAGUCUUGGCUAGCCUACUGUAGACAGGUCGAUACCUCCUUCGGAACGUUUGUCUUAAAGGGGCACCGUCCUUUAAAAUGUAGCAAAUAUAUUCUCAAAAUGACAUACUUUAGAAGCAAAAAUGAAUACAAUGCAAUUCUAAAGAAUAGAGUAAUGACUCAGGGGUUGCAUAAAUACAGAAUUCUGCAUUUCACAUAGGGAAAAAAUAACUCCAUAUGAAAUAUCUUUGCUGCGUUUUGUAAACACAGAUCUAAAAUGUUUAAUGUAAUUUCUGCACUUCAUCAGACAAAUUUUGUGCUUCAGUUGCACUUCUCCACUCGGAUGAAAAUUCACGAAUGGUCAUUAUAUCAGCAGACAGAGCUCUGAUUGAUGUGUAGCUACUUUUUCUCCAGUAAAAUACAAGAUUAACUUCAAGCAAAACAUUAGGACAUGUAGCUGGCUACGUUCUUUCAAUGAAAACAUUAGAAAUUGACCUUGCUUUUUCAUUGUUAGCUCAUUUACUUGUGUGGCUGCUAGCCAAGUAGCAUUGCACUUAUGUUGUCAUCUGAUGAAAAUGAAGCUAUUUUCUACGAAUGUGUUGCUCUAAUGUAUUUUCUGUGAAGGAAAACUACACUAUAUAUACAAAAGUAUGUGGACACUCCUUCAAAUUAGUGAAUUUGGCUAUUUCAGCCACACCCUUUGCUGACAGGUGUAUAAAAGCGAGCACACAGCCAUGCAAUCUCCAUAGACAAACAUUGGCAGUAGAAUGGCCUUACUGAAGAGCUCAGUGACUUUCAACAUGGCACCGUCAUAGGAUGCCACCUUUCCAACAAGUCAGUUCGUCUCAUUUCUGCCCUGCUAAAGCUGCCCCGGUCAAUUGUAAGUGCUGUUAUUGUGAAGUGGAAACAUCUAGGAGCAACAACGGCUCAGCCGCGAAGUGGUAGACCACACAAGCUCACAGAACGGGACAGCUAAAGCGCACAGCACGUAAAAAUCGUCUGUCCUCAGUUGCAACACUCACUACGAGUUCCAAACUGCCUCUGGAAGCAAUGUCAGCACAAGAACUGUUCGUCUGGAGCUUCAUGAAAUGGGUUUCCAUGGCUGAGCAGCUGCACACAAGCCUAAGAUCACCAUGCGCAAUGCCAAGCGUCGACUGGAGUGGUGUCAAGCUCGCCGCCUUUGGACUCUGGAGCAGUGAAAUGCGUUCUCUGGGGUGAUGCUUCACCAUCUGGCAGUCUGACAGCCAAAUCUGGGUUUAGCGGAUGCCAGGAGAACCCUACCUGCCCCAAUGCAUAGUUCCAACUAACGUUUGGUGGAGGAGGAAUAAUGGUCUAGGGCUGUUUUUCAUGUUUCGGGCUAGGCCCCUUAGUUCCAGUGAAGGGAAAUCUUAGCGCUACAGCAUACAAUGACAUUCUAGACAAUUCUAUGCUUCCAACUUUGUGGCAACAGUUUGGGAAAGGCCCUUUACUGUUUCAGCAUGACAAUGUCCCCGCGCACAAAGCAAGGUCUAUACAGAAAUGGUUUGUGGAGAUCGGUGUGGAAGAACUUGACUGGCCUGCACAAAGCCCUGACCUCAACCCCAUCGAACACCUUUGAGAUGAAUUGGAACGCUGACUGCGAGCCAGGCCUAAUAGCCCAACAUCAGUGCCCGACCUCACUAAUGCUGUUGUGGCUGACUGGAAGCAAGUCCCCGCACCAACUCCAUAUUAAUGCCCAUGAUUUUGGAAUGAGAUGUUCUCAAGUAAGAAUUUUGCUAGGACUGACUGGGAGUGGUCUGAGGGAUUUUUAACCUGAACUGGCUGUAAUUGACAGAGAUGAGGGCAAACUCUUUAUUGGUCUAUUAACUUAUGACAUCACCAGGUGGUUCAAAACCCCCACCCAGCCAAACAAUCUGACAUUUCAGGCAGUCUUUUCAAACAGCUCUUACACUAAAAGUGUAUUAUCAUAAUUUUCACAAUUUCAGUGUUAUUCCAACCUCACCACUUCUACUCACAAGCCAUAAGACUGCUAAAUUAGCCAGACUGCUGAGUAGUCAAUUAAUGGUAACAAGCUACCUUGCACUGACCCUGUGCACACAAACUAGACUAUAUAGUCACACACACUACAUUGACAAUCCCACACACAUUCACUACAUACGCACACACGCAUAACACAGACACACAUACCAACAACACAAACACAUGCGUACACAUUACACACACACACUUUUACUCAUUUGCAGCUGCUACUCUGUUCUUUAUUCGUACUCUUAUCUAUCCUGAUGCCUAGUCACUUUACCCUGCCUUCAUGUACAUAUACAGUACCUGUCUAAAGUUUGGACACACCUACUCAUUCAAGGGUUUGUCUUUAUUUUGACUAUUUCCUACAUUGUAGAAUAAAAGUGAAGACAUCAAAACUAUGAAAUAACACAUGGAAUCAUGUAGUAACCAAAAACGUGUUAAACAAAUCAAAAUAUAUUUGAGAUUCUUAAAAUAGCCACCCUUUACCUUGAUUACAGCUUUUCACACGCUUGUCAUUCUCUCAACCAGCUUCACCUGGAAUGUUCCCACAUAUGCUAAGCACUUGUUGGCUGCUUUUCCUUCACUCUGCCGUCCGACCCAUCCCAAACCAUCUCAAUUGGGUUGAGGUCGGGUGAUUGUGGAGGCCAGGUCAUCUGAUGCAUGCUGUGGUAGCCAUGCUUGUUAAGUGUGCCUUGAAUUCUAAAUAAAUCACAGACAGUGUCAACAGCAAAGUACCCCCACACCAUAACACCACCUGCUCCAUGCUUUACGGUGGGAACAAAACAUGCAGAGAUCAUCCUUUCAUCCACACCACAUCUUACAAAGACACGGUAGUUGGAACCAAAAAUCUCCAAUUUGGACUCCAGACCAAAGGACAGAUUUCCACCAGUCGAAUGUCCAUUGCUCGUGUUUCUUGGCCCAAGCAUGUCUUUUCUUCUUAUUGGUGUCCUUUAGUAGUGGUUUCUUUGCAGGAAUUCGACCAUGAAGGCCUGAUUCACACAGUCCCCUCUGAACAGUUGAUGUUGAGAUGUGUCUGUGACUUGAACUCUGAAGCAUUUAUUUGGGCUGCAAUUUCUGAGGCUGGUAACUCUAAUGAACUUAUCCUCUGCAGCAGAGGUAACUCUGGGUCUUCCAUUCCUGUGGUGGUCCUCAUGAGCGCCAGUUUCAUCACAGCUCUUGAUUGUUUUUGCGACUGCACUUUAAGAAACGUUCAAAGUUCUUGAAAUGUUCCGUAUUGACUGACCUUCAUGUCUUAAAGUAAUGAUGGACUGUCGUUUCUCUUUGCCUAUUUGUGCUGUUCUUGCCGUAAUAUGGACUUGGUCUUUUACCAAAUAGGGCUAUCUCCUGUAUACCACCCCUACCUUGUCACAACACAACUGAUUGGCUCAAACGCAUUAAGAAGGAAAGAAAUUCCACAAAUUAACUUUUAACAUGGCACACCUGUUAAUUGAAAUGCAUUCCAGGUGACUACCUCAUGAAGCUGCUUGAGAGAAUGUCAAGUGUGCAAAGCUGUCAUCAAGGCAAAGGGUGGCUAUGUGAAGAUUCUCAAAUAUAAAAUAUAUCUUGAUUUGUUUAACACUUUUUUUUGUUACUACAUGAUUCCAUAUGUGUUAUUUCAUAGUUUUGAUGUCUUCACUAUUAUUCUACAAUGUAAAAAUUAAGAAAUACCCUUGAAUGAGUAGGUGUGUCCAAACCUUUGACUGGUAGUGUAUACCUCAUACACCUGCACAUUGAUCUUGUACUCUCUGUAUAUAGCUCCAUUCUUGUAUAUUUUAUUUAUCUUGUGUUACAACUACACCAGUUGUUUUUGGCGCAUAUGACAUAUAACCUUUCAUUUGAAUAUAUAUAUUUGAAGUCGGAAGAUUACAUACACUUAGGUUGGAGUCAUUAAAAGUCAUUUUUCAACACACACACACACACACACACACACACACAUACAGUGGCUUGCAGAAGUAUUCACCCCGCUUGGCAUUUUUCCUAUUUUGUUGCCUUACAACCUGGAAUUAAAAUGUAUUUUUGGGGGGUUUGUAUCAUUUGAUUUACACAACAUGCCUACCACUUUGAAGAUGCAAAUUUUUUGUAUUGUGAAACAAACAAGAAAUAAGACAAAAAAACAGAACUUGAGCGUGCAUAACUAUUCACCCCCCCAAAGUCAAUACUUUGUAGAGCCACCUUUUGCAGCAAUUACAGCUGCAAGUCUCUUGGUGAUUGACUCUAUAAGCUUGGCACAUUUAGCCACUGGGAUUUUUGCCCGUUCUUCAAGGUAAAACAGCUCCAGCUCCUUCAAGUUGGAUGGGUUCCGCUGGUGUACAGCAAUCUUUAAGUCAUACCACAGAUUCUCAAUUGGAUUGAGGUCUGGGCUUUGACUAGGCCAUUCCAAAACAUGUAAAUGUUUCCCCUUAAACCACUCGAGUGUUGCUUUAGCAGUAUGCUUAGCGUCAUUGUCCUGCUGGAAGGUGAACCUCCGUCCCAGUCUCAAAUCUCUUGAAGACUGAAACCGGUUUCCCUCAAGAAUUUCCCUGUAUUUUUAGGCCGUCCAUCAUUCCUUCAAUUCUGACCAGUUUCCAAGUCCCUGCCGAUGGAAAAAUAUCCCCACGGCAUGAUGCUGCCACCACCAUGCUUCACUGUGGGGAUGGUGUUCUCGGGGUGAUGAGAGGUGUUGGGUUUGCGCCAGACAUAGCGUUUUCCUUGAUGGCCAAAAAGCUCAAUUUUAGCCUCAUCUGACCAGAGUACCUUCUUCCAUAUGUUUGGGGUGUCUCCCACAUGGCUUUUGGUGAACACCAAACGUGUUUGCUUCUCUUUUUAUUUAAGCAAUGGCUUUUUUCUGGCCACUCUUCCGUAAAGCCCAGCUCUGUGGAGUGUACGGCUUAAAGUGGUCAUAUGGGCAGAUACUCCAAUCUCCGCUGUGGAGCUUUGCAGCACCUUCAGGGUUAUCUUUGGUCUCUUUGUUGCCUCUGAUUAAUGCCCUCCUUGCCUGGUCUGUGAGUUUUCGUGGGCGGCCCUCUCUUGGCAGGUUUGUUGUGGUGCCAUAUUCUUUCCAUUUUAAAAUAAUGGAUUUAAUGGUGCUCUGUGGGCUGUUCAAAGUUUCAGAUUUUUUUUUUAUAACCCAACCCUGAUCUGUAUUUUGUCUUAUUUAGGGGCUUCAUAGCAAGUGGGGUGAAUACAUAUGCACGCACCAGUUAUUUUUUUCUUGUGUAUGUCCAUUACAUGAAAUCCAAAUAAAAAUCAAUUUAAAUUACAGGUUGUAAUGCAACAAAAUAGGAAAAACGCCAAGUGGGACUGUGUGUGAAUGUAUAUGUAACACGAGAAAAUCACGUUUUCAACUGCACUGCCGCUUUAACACAUAUUAUAAUAACCAAAUGUAGCCCGUUUAAUAGCUGAAUAUGGAGAGAAGGCAUGCCAAUCUAUAGGCCCUGCAUGACCCUAAUGCAUUUAAGAACUAUACAAUGUCCUGGCCUGUAGAAAUUCUGUUCUGGACAGUAGAGUUUUGACAAUUUGGGCCAGUGAAAAACAAAGUUGGUGUUGGACCCUGCUGAUGCACACUGUUUUAUCGACUCCAGCAGAGAGCCCGUAAGCGACGGAACAGCGAUAGAUCUGAAGACUGCUACCACUCUGAUGGAGACUACCCUGAGCAAGAAUACAGGGAGGAGCCAGGGGAGGAGAAGGAGAGCAAGACUAUCAUGCUCCGGGGCCUGUCUCUUCACGUCACAGAGGGAGAUGUAAGUUCUUCUUUCUCUGCUGUAGACCCACCACCUGUCUGUCAUGUGGUUUGGUUGGCUGCCAUUUUCUCUGCAAAGAGGAGGGGGGGGGGACAAAAAUGUUUGGCUAAUUUCUGCGAAGAGUAGGUUAUACAGUGACACUAAAGGAGACAUUAGUAACUAUGUAUAAUGUCAAGUGAAACAUGUUCCAGAACUUAGGGCUACGUAUUUAAUGUCUGUCCUUCUCUUGCCUUACAGAUCCGAGCUGCCCUGGACCAGCUGGAGGGACCCCAGCCAAUAGAUGUCCGUCUAAUGAAAAAGAGGACAGGUGAGACCCAGGCGUACCACGCAGUCCCUCCUUUCUCCCACACUAUAUUUGAUUACAGGGCCAAUCUGCUUCAAUUGACUUCAGUUUUGCCAUAG